AGACACACCUGGAGCUCUACACAGGUCAUUCAGCACGGCAGAGAAGACACACCUGAAUCUCUACACAGGUCAUUCAGCACGACAAAGACACACCUGGAUCAGCACUACACAGGUCAUUCAGCACGGCAGAGAAGACACACCUGGAGCUCUAUACAGGUCAUUCAGCACGACAGAGAAGACACACCUGGAGCUCUACACAGGUCAUUCAGCACGACAGAGAAGACACACCUGAAUCUCUACACAGGUCAUACAUCACGGCAGAGAAGACACAUCUGGAUCAGCACUACACAGGUCAUUCAGCACGACAGAGAAGACACACCUGAAUCUCUACACAGGUCAUUCAGCACGACAGAGAAGACACACCUGAAUCUCUACACAGGUCAUUCAGCACGACAGAGAAGACACACCUGAAUCUCUACACAGGUCAUUCAGCACGACAGAGAAGACACACCUGGAGCUCUACACAGGUCAUUCAGCACGACAGAGAAGACACACCUGAAUCUCUACACAGGUCAUUCAGCACGACAGAGAAGACACACCUGAAUCUCUACACAGGUCAUUCAGCACAACAGAGAAGACACACCUGGAUCAGCACUACACAGGUCAUUCAGCACGGCAGAGAAGACACACCUGGAGCUCUAUACAGGUCAUUCAGCACGACAGAGAAGACACACCUGGAACAGCACUACACAGGUCAUACAGCAUGACAGAGAAGACACACCUGGAUCAGCACUACACUGAAUCCAACCUAGAAACAGCAAGAACUAUGGAACAAUCUACAGGAAGUCUCUCUAUCAUCACCUGGAACACUUGUGGUGUUAAACCAACAAAACAGUACCUAAAUAAGUUUAUUGAUAUAAUGGACUAUGGCAAGGAACAGAAAGCUGACGUAAUCUUCCUUCAAGAAACUCACAUUGGACCUAACUGCUAUAGAAAGCUGGAAGAACAUGGAUGGGAAGAGAUGGAAACAAAUUGGACCUCUUACCUUACAGUUUACUCUCCGAGUAGCAAAGGAGUGGCCAUACUGGUGAAUAAAAAACUAAAACCACACUAUGAGUACAUCUGCCAUGAUGAAGACUACGCUGGUGGCUACAUUGUCCUGUUCUGUCAGAUGUAUGGUCAACUCUUCACUCUUGUGAACGUGUACAAUCACAAAGAAGACAAGAAAGUACUGGGGAGGCUGUCCCAGUAUCUUCAGGAGAUGAAGAUUGGCACUUUAGUGAUUGGAGGGGAUUUCAACACAGUCUUGGACCUCGACUUUGACAAGCGUACAGCAUCUGAACGUAAACGGCACACAUCCCUACGACCUCUCCUGCAGAGUUUCAUUUCCUCACUGAACCUCCAAGACACAUGGGCAAGACUACAACCAACAAAAAGAGCAUUCACUCGUUCUCAGGGCACCAGCCACUCCCGGAUAGAUAUGUUCUUCAUGCAACAGGACAAAGCCACAUUUGCUCAGAGCUGUGAGAUUCACACUGACUCAGGGAUUUCAGAUCACAAACCUGUGUCUCUGAAGAUCCUCGUCCCUAAAAUAAGAAGCACGUUAACAGAUGUUCAUGAAAAGCUGAGGAAGUUGGGCGAUGGUGGACACAAAGUCAAGAACAAAUUAGGUAGAAGAGCAGGAAAAAUCAGUGGAGCAGAAGUCCUAGUGGCGAUAAAAUCCCUGGCUGACUCAUCAAAUGGAUCAAGGGAAGAGGACCUCAUGGAAACAGAGACAUUAAAGCACGAAUACAAUGGAAUACUCAGGGAGAAGGAAAUACCAGAGGGAUUCAAUAUGUCACUGAACCGAAAGUACAAAAUAUUUGCCACAAUACUUGCCAACCGUCUGCAGACGUACCUAGAACCCCCGUUCACAGGAAGUAUUAAAAUACCACCAAAGAGUUCGCCAUACAUAGUUUACCUGGGCAGGCAACCAUUGAUUAAGUCAACUUUCUUAAAAGAGGCACUGCUGCCACUGUCUCCUCCUAAAGACUUCACAAUCCUAAAGCAGGUGCUUCAUGAGGACUUGGGCAUCUUGUGGAAGUUACUCCCAAUGGUUGAAGGUUCCUCGUGUGACAAAAUAAAUCUACAGGAUCAAUGCCCCCUCACCCCAGCACUACUACACCUGUGUCUGAAGUACAUGGAGCACAGAAUCCUUAGUGUUAGAGGCACAGUCCUUAGUGUUAGCCUUCAAAGACGGAGUCUUUUGAUACACAUGGAAGAAGAGAAACAGCGUUCUGUGGUCAAGCGGCUCUCUAAAAUCGAAAAGAAGUCUGACCUGAGUUUAAGGUGUUUGAAGUGGAAGAUGGACAUUCAAAUGAAAUGAAACAUUCUUAGAAAAAUAUUAGAGAAACUGUUAUUGUUCAGCUUCACAAUGAGAAAAACAAAAUACCAUUAAAAAUAUAAGAAACAUAUAUGAAACUACAUCCAUGAAGUGUUGAACCAGUGAUCUCCAUACUGCUAUGGGCCCUAAGCACCUGUUCAGCCAUCGGUCAUCUCCAAACCCACGGCCAGCCUGACAGACCCACACCACAACCCGGACUUGUGAUACCUGAAGGGAAAUCAUACUACGAGAGAUGGGAUCGCAAAGGAAGUAAAGAUGGGACCGAAGUGAAGGUCAAACCCAGAACCAAUCCUACAUCAGGUUAGAUCAUAAACAAUCAAAUAAGAGGAAUUAGACUUCAUAUCCAGGGAUAUUGGAUUUCUGGCCCUAUACAUUACUACCUAUAUAAAUGUAAAUGUAUUUUCAAACGUAAGGGUUAUUUAGAUGUAACUGUAUCUUCCUUUUUUACAUCAUAUUGCUCUAUUCAUCGCUGAUUAUCUGUCUUCAUAGGAAUAUAAAUACCUACAGUACAUAUUAUACUCUAUAGAUGUUUGAGGUAACCUAUGAUGUAUGAAGGAGUACUCCCAGGAGUAUGCAGUGCCUCAGUCUUAUCAGGGUUCUGCCGACUGUACAUAUUAUACUCUAUAGAUGUUUGAGGUAACCUAUGAUGUAUGAAGGAGUACUCCCAGGAGUAUGCAGUGCCUCAGUCUUAUCAGGGUUCUGCCGACUGUACAUAUUAUACUCUAUAGAUGUUUGAGGUAACCUAUGAUGUAUGAAGGAGUACUCCCAGGAGUAUGCAGUGCCUCAGUCUUAUCAGGGUUCUGCCGACUGUACAUAUUAUACUCUAUAGAUGUUUGAGGUAACCUAUGAUGUAUGAAGGAGUACUCCCAGGAGUAUGCAGUGCCUCAGUCUUAUCAGGGUUCUGCCGACUGUACAUAUUAUACUCUAUAGAUGUUUGAGGUAACCUAUGAUGUAUGAAGGAGUACUCCCAGGAGUAUGCAGUGCCUCAGUCUUAUCAGGGUUCUGCCGACUGUACAUAUUAUACUCUAUAGAUGUUUGAGGUAACCUAUGAUGUAUGAAGGAGUACUCCCAGGAGUAUGCAGUGCCUCAGUCUUAUCAGGGUUCUGCCGACUGUACAUAUUAUACUCUAUAGAUGUUUGAGGUAACCUAUGAUGUAUGAAGGAGUACUCCCAGGAGUAUGCAGUGCCUCAGUCUUAUCAGGGUUCUGCCGACUGUACAUAUUAUACUCUAUAGAUGUUUGAGGUAACCUAUGAUGUAUGAAGGAGUACUCCCAGGAGUAUGCAGUGCCUCAGUCUUAUCAGGGUUCUGCCGACUGUACAUAUUAUACUCUAUAGAUGUUUGAGGUAACCUAUGAUGUAUGAAGGAGUACUCCCAGGAGUAUGCAGUGCCUCAGUCUUAUCAGGGUUCUGCCGACUGUACAUAUUAUACUCUAUAGAUGUUUGAGGUAACCUAUGAUGUAUGAAGGAGUACUCCCAGGAGUAUGCAGUGCCUCAGUCUUAUCAGGGUUCUGCCGACUGUACAUCAAAUAUAAAUUCAACUCAAUAUUCUGUUGGGUUUCUCAGGAUACAAUGGCUUUGAAACCACAAGGUCAUCUGAAGUCCCUGAGGUCUCAUUAUGAAUAUACUCCUAUGCGUUGUACAUAAUAUAUAUGUCUUCCACAAAUACAUGUGUGUAUUUGUAUGUGUGUGUAUUGUUUACAUUUGUCAUGAUUUAGAACUUCCUGUAGUAAAACAAAGAAACACAAAUGAAGACAAAUAAACCAUGAAAAUUCACAAAUAGCAAACUAAAGAAAAUUCAACAGUCUUAUUGCAAUGAUUUUAUUUUCUCUCCUUGUAAAAAAGGGCUGAGAUUGCAGUUCACUCUUCAUAGAAGAUAUUACAUUCUUCACAAAAAAAAACUAACAACAUAUUUUUCAGAUGAACUGAUCGCAAUAAACUCUAAAUCUGGGAGCACCAGAUUUAUACAACAUGGUUCCAGACAUCAGUGUUCAAACCCUUGGAAUAAUCAUUACAUUCCUAAAUAACCUGCUUAGACAAGACAAAACGAUUUAAAAGUCAUUUAAAGUAUAUUGUUAUCCGAAUGUGUGUGUAAAGUAAUACUACAGACUCCUCUUCAUGAGUUAGUUCUUACAGGCAUAACUAUGAGUCAACAUAUUGUAAAUGCUGUGACAAAAGACAUUAGAAUGUUGGAAAACUGCAGCACAGAAAAGCCUUUUAUUUUUUCAUAUUAAGGGGGGGAAAUUGCCAACUAAUUAUGUUUGAUUAAGUUCAUUAAAUAAUCAGAAGGAUUUAAUUAAAUCUGUGCUGUUUUGGGGGGAAUAAAUAAAUAACAAUCAUUUCAGUUAAACCUUUUGAAAACCAAACACAACAUUUAUAAUUGUUAGCUUCGUGAUAGAUUUUGUAAUCAACAUAGUUAGUACACUUUAGUGUUUCCAGAUAUUUAUUUUAUGAUAGAAAAUAAGAAAUGAAUUCAUAAAUGUCUUAUCUAACCAACAGAUAUUAAUCAGAAAUUACACAAUCAAAAUACAAUGUAAAUACAUUUUAAAUGGCAUUGAUAAUAAAUGGGAUUUAUGUUAUUUGUAAAAAAUUAAAUAAAAACGGAUGUUUUAUAACCUUAAAACAAUACAGGGUAAGCUGUACUAAAGAGCAGUUAAUCUUGAUAGAGCUACAUGUAUCACCGAAUUGAGUUUAUCUACCCUGUUAAAGUUAACAGAUCUUUUCAGAAUGUUUUAAAUAAUCAAAAUGGAUGCCAACACGUCUGGACCUCUACAAAACAUCAAUACUUAACUGAAAAAAAAAAAAAGAGUCUUUACUGCACUAAAACAAUUAGCUCUAUUCAAACAUAAAUACCAACUUUAGGCUCUCCUCAUUGGUGGAGGGUCUCAGCUGGUUAAGAGCUCGGUGUGUGUGCCAUAAUUUUUUGAUUGCCUUUUAAGACAGAAGAAGGGGGUACUGGGGUACAAGGGGAAGGAGUGGGGUGAGUCCCAAUGCUAGAACAAGAUGGGGAAGGGUGAUAGAAACCUCCCUCCCCCCUCCAAAUUCAAUCUCAACCCGGAAGGUAACCACCAGCUACAGGUCCAGUUUAUCACAGAUAUGGUCAGAUUACUCCCACAGAGUAGCAGGGUCUAUUCUCCAAAGAGAGAGAGAGAGAGAGACUCAUACUAAAAGUAAAAAUACUUCAAUAGAAAAUGACUCAAGUAAAAGUGAAAGUCACCCAGUAAAAUAUUACUUGAGUAAAAGUAUUAAAAUAUUUGAAUUUAAAUAUACUUCAGUAACAAAAGUAAAUGUAAUUGCUAAAAUAUAUUAAAAGUAAAAGUAUAAAUCAUUUCACUUUCUUUCUAUUAAGCAAACCAGACAGCACCAUUUUUUUCUGGAUAGUCAGGAACACACUCCAACACUUAGCCAUAAUUUGCAGUCGAAACAUGUGUGUUAAGUGAGUCAGCCAGUGCAGAGGUAGUAGGGAUGACCAGGGAUAUUUCUUUGAUAAAUGUGUGAACUGGACCAUUUUCCUGUCCUGCUAAGCAUUCAACAUGUAACGAGUACUUUUGGGUGCCAAAAAAUUGCUUAAGUAGUACUUUAACAUAUUUUUUACUUAAGUACCGUAUUAUCUGUGACAAACAUUUAAUCAGGUGAGAUCAUAAAGCAUGAAAUCAGAGGCAUAACACUUCAUAUCCAGGGAUAUGGGAUAUCUGGGCCUAUACAUUACAACCUAUAUCAAUGGAAAUGUCUGUUUUUAACAUGUAGUUUAUUUAGAUGUAACUCUAUAUGUUUUAGCCCACAACCCCAUUUUGAUAAUCUGAUAAUUGUCGAGUCCCCAACCAUGUGAAUUUGAUUUAUUUUAAUUAACAGCCAAUGUUUACUUGUUUAUUUGGGGCAUAGUGGCAGCCAAUUGAAAAACAUUCUAUCAGUAUUUCUGAUUGUCUUCAAGAAAAUGAGUCUGACAUAAUGCAUCUUAUCACCACCACUAAUGAGAUGGGUGUGCUUGGUGCAAGGCGCAUCGGAGCAUCUCAAAGUCAGGAGUCGACAGCACCUCAUCUCUGCUGUCACAUCCAACCUGGAUCAAUAUUUGGUUUCAAUGCAGACGAGAGCAGUGAACUCAGCUUCACAAAGAUAUGAGCUGGCGAACGGUACCAUGAGUUUUAUGGUGCUUUCAAGACAACUGGGAACUCGAAAAAAUACAAGGUCAAGUCAUGAUGUCAAUGAUCUUCAGGAAAGAAAGUCUGAGCUCUAGAAAGAGGCUCGUGUUCCAGAGUUGGAUGACCGUUCAAAACCAUUUUCCAAGUCUGAGAUUUCUGAUUUCCCAGUUCCGAGUUCCCGUGUGUUUUGAACGAGGCAUUAAUGCUCAGAAGGAGAG